CCUUCAUUUUCUCUUUCUCCUAAUCCUCCCCAACCACGGCCUCCCCACCAUCCUCGGUGACCGUGCCUGCCCCCUUAACUCAGUUUGAUUCAAGAAUCUCUGCUCUGCGCAGUAUUCUGCGUUUCUCCCUAUUCACCCACCAUGGUUUCCAUCACCGAAUCCUCCCCCCUCCUUCCCCAACAUCAGCCGCCUUCCUCCACCAAUACGUCACCGCGAGGAAACCGAGCUCCUCGGACGGUGACGUUUAAUCCAUUGGCCACUGUCAGCACAUAUCACGAUACCACCGCCGCCGACCCAACCUUCAGACCGCUACAUUCUGGUUCUUACCCUGCAUCCAAUUCCCAGAGCGCUGGCCAACACCGACCGACGGGCCUGUCGGCCCUCAAUAGCAAGCUCCGUCGCCGUAACAGCCACGGGGCACCUUACAGCACCGCCGGGCCUCCAAUGGUUGCUGCGCCCAAGGUCGGCCCGCAGAGAACGACGAAGAACGCACAGAAGCUUAAAUUACUGCCCGACCCGGUGACUGAAGAAGAACUCACCGACGGCGACUUUCCGUCCGAUGUCUACUCGCAAAUCGCACGUAUCAAAGAACCGACCGCGCGCAGUCAUGCCGCAAGUCUAGGAAAGGCGGACCGAGAACGACUGCCCCGCGUCACAGCCUACUGUACCGCCAAUUCGUAUCGUCUGGAAGGGGUGGUGCGGUUUCUCAAGUCCAGAGCAAAGACCCGCGGGGCCAACCCCAAGCUCUACGAUGAGUGUGUAUACUCUUCGUACGACUACGAUUACGAGGCAAAGCAGCGAGGCACGUGGAAUCUCACAAACAAUGGGUUACAUUCGCCGGAAGUUCAACCUCCGAUACGCCCUUCUGGAGAACGCCGGUACUCCGAUAGUGUGGUUGAAGUGCAAGACAACACGAACACUCGACGGGAAGACCUCAUCGACCUAAGAGACUCGGAAUCUCACCAUCAACAAAAUGAUCACGAGAGCGCUGUGGUCGAUUCCACUACCUCUGCAGCCCAGACAGAAGUUGCUCCUGAUUUUGAUACCAAUAUCCACACCCCGGAGGUGUUCCUCUUCGACUACGGCACAGUCGUCAUCUGGGGCAUGUCCCCCGCGCACGAGUCACGAUUCCUUUCUGAUAUCUCCAAGUUUGCUACCUCCAUUCUCAGCCCCGAAGACACGCAGGUCGAAAACUUCAACUUCUACUAUGCUCGUGAAUACCAAGCCCGGAUCUACAACGACUUCAUCUCCCUUCGUGACCCUCGGAAUUACAUGAUUAAGCUCGCCAUCUCCCAUGCGCUGGCCCAGUCGGUCAAGACCUCUCUCUUUGAAGAUCUCGUCUCCGAGACCAUCUCCAACACCGCUCCCCUCCCAGCCCAGAUUGCGCAGACCGGCAGCGUCAAUCUUACUCGUCGCCAGAUCAACAUGCAGGUUGGAGAACUCUUCAUCCUGCGCAUCAACAUUCAUCUUCAAGGCUCCGUGCUCGACAGUCCGGAACUGAUGUGGGCAGAGCCCCAGCUGGAGCCUGUGUAUCAGGCCGUGCGAAGUUACCUCGAAAUGGACCAGCGAGUGAGUCUCUUGACGGAACGACUAGACGUCAUCGCAGACUUGCUCGCCGUCCUGAAGGAUCAAUUAACUCACCGCCAUGGUGAGUAUCUUGAAUGGAUCGUUAUUGUUCUCAUUGCCGCCGAAAUUCUCGUCGCGGCCAUUAAUAUCGUAGUCGACCUCUACGCCGGCGUGGAAUAAAGCGCGUGCUACUUUCGCUUCGUAUUGUUGCUUUCUAGGCGUAUGGGAUUCGAAUCCUUUUCCUUCGGGCUUUCUCUUAUUGUCACAACGAAAAGACUUGAUUAUUCUUUUGUCGUUUCGCUCAUCUCAUUGAAAUCCCAUGGGAAAUCGUGAUCUGCAUUUCCGUGUACCAGAUGGAGUUUCUUUUUUUGUGAUUAGUCUGAAGGGGCGCUCGGGGGUUUAAGAGGUGUGUUGAAAUAAUCUCUAGCUAGGUUCUAGGGAGGGGUUGUCAGUCUUGCACCAUAUCGGGAUCCUAGUCAGUCUUAUGCAUAGCCCUAACCAGCGUCCG